GUGACGACUUGAGGAAAUGGUCCAGUCAACAGGUACGAGAAUCUGAAGAUGUGAAGAUCUGGUUAUCCACGUUGCAGAUCGGUUGUGCAGUGAAGUCAGGUAUGUCCUGGUGAAGAGUCACUACACUUCCCUGACCCUGACGCAUCAUGAUCACUUUGUGGUUCCUUCUCCCACACAUAAAUUUGAAAACAAAAUCCUCGGCGUGCUGAACCUCUCACCUACAACGCAACUCUACCCUAGGUGAACACAUCCCCUGAUCCAGUUGCCCAAAUCUCAAAAUGAUGCUUGAAGUUGAACGCAAAUUCCUCCCUUCCGCGGCCCAUCUCAUUGCCAGGAACGCUGCCAGCCCUGCUUUCAGGAAUUUCAAAACCCUUCCAACCUACACCUUCACCGAUAUCUACUACGAUCAAGCCGACAAACUCCGCAGUACUGGAAUCUGGGUACGAAAGCGCGACCAGAAAUGGGAAGCCAAGAUCAAAUUGGGCGGAGACUACAUUCAUUCACAAUUUUGUGAGAUCGAUACUCCUGGCAAGAUCGCGGCUAUGCUCAACCAACAUAUCCCAAUGACGUCCAAUAUGAUUGAUCUAACGGAUCUUUCAACCCCGACUGAACUCCAACCUUUUGGCUUUACCAACUUUGCCAGCUUUACGACUACCAGACAGACUUGGACUGCUUCUGUGGAUGACAAGACCGACGUCAGCAUUGUCAUUGACACCACCGAUUUUGGUCAUCAGGUGGGAGAAGUUGAACUUCAAGUACCAUACACUGAGGAGGAUGGUUUGAUAACAGGAACGACCCAGAGCGAGGCCAUCCAAUCCAUGCAAGCAACCCUCGACGCCUUCAUGGCUGAUCACAGAAUGGCCUUUCCUCAAGCUGAAUGCAAGGGCAAAUUGUCUGCAUACUUCAAUUGGAAACGAAACGCUGAAGAAAAUGGUGGGGAUGCUACUGAUGCCUGA